CUUGCUGGUGGUACCUCGCGAUUAACAUCAAACUCUUCAUGUCUGAUUGCAGCACUGCUGACUUGCACCCGCAAAAUCGGGAAGAUCUUGGCAAGGCUGCAGCUGAAAAAGGUCCUCACCGGUGUCUUCCUCAAGGCCACCGAGGCAAACCUCAAGAGGCUUGCUACUGUUGGACCGUUCGUCACCUAUGGGUUCCCCAAUUUGAAGAAUGUGAAGGAGCUUAUUUACAAGAAGGGUCGCGGAUAUUUCGACAAGGAGCCUUUCCCCCUUACCAGCAAUGAUCUAAUCGAGAAGAGGCAGGAGGAAGAAAAGACAGCAAUCAACACACACGUUCUGAACAAAAAUGUUGUUUUGGCUUCCUUACUACGGCAAUGUGAGAGACUUAUAAAAAUGAGGAAGUUCAACCUUAUCUUUGUGAAGGUUCAUGUUUUCAGGUGCAUCGGAAGGUGUUAUGACAAUCUCCGCUGUUUCUACACCGGACGCCGGGCAAAUGUGUUGUGCUGGGCAGCAAGGAUUUGGGAUCUGUUGCUUCUCGAUGUGCGGCCUCAUACCAUUGAACUUGAUUGCUCAGGCCUCUAUGAUACUACGAUCUCUGUUUGCAAUUUGCUUCUUGUAAUACUACUGCGGAUUCAGAUUGGGUUGUAUUAUUUCCAAUUGUAUUCUUCUGAGCUUGUGUUUUAAUUGAAAAAAAUGUGCGUGUGAGCAAGAGAAAAAGAAUAUUUUCAAAA